GGACGCUGGAUGAAUAGAGGGAGAAUAGCCUACCCUUAAAUAUCCAGAUGGGAAUAUGUGGCCAGAGCAUGGCGACGUCCUGAAGAAGACAAAGAGUUUUUAGACAGCGACACCUCCUAACUCGGGACAUGAAGGAUCAUCAGGGAGAAAAACUGGGGUACCAGAUUGGAUGAAGCUCUAUGGGCAGAACCCCACAUUUAUUACCGAAACGGCCCGAGUUAUAUGUGAAAAUAAGCCCGAGCGUGUGUUUGAGAAGCGACCUGAAACACAUAUGUUACCAAAUCUAAUCUAUGUAUGAGAGCAAAAAGCAAAGGUCCGAUCUGAUGCGUUGAAUUCCUUCGGAGAGAUGUCAUCGUUGUAAGAGCUGGAUGUGACACUGCAGCUGUGAAGAUGAUGGGAGAUCUGACCGACCCCAGACACCCGAAAAACACUUGCAUUGUUCCUGCCAUCAAGUCCUUCGAGCAUUAUGAUUUUAAUAGAGCUAAAAUCAGAGCCAGCCUCACAUGGUUGGUGGCCAAAGCCUUUGGUACAGACAGUGUUCCAGAAGACCUGAACGAGCCCUUCUACAAGGACCAGUAUGAGCAGGAGCACCUGAAGCCCCCGGUGGUGGGCCUGCUGAUGUCAGCUGAGCUGUACUGCCGAGCAGGAAGUCUGAUUCUGAAGAGCGACGCUGUUAAACCUCUGCUGGGUCAUGACGCCGUCAUCCAGGCUCUGGCUCAGAAGGGCCUGUACGUCACCGACCAGGAGAGACUGGUGACCGAGAGAGACCUGCAGAAGAAACCCAUUCAGAUGAACGCUCACCUGGCCAUGAUUGACACGCUGAUGAUGGCGUACACAGUAGAGACGGUGAGUGUGGAGAAAGUGAUGGCCUGCAUGCAGCAAUACUCCACCGAUUACCCAGACGGAGACGUGCCCUAUGACACAGAGGAUGCGGUCACUAGCUGGAUGAAUAAGGUGAACGAAUACUUGAAAGAAAUCAAAAUGCAGGAGCAAAGGAGGAUGGAGGCGCAGAACGCAGAGCCUGUUGAGAAUCCAAAGUCUCCAACCAAGUGGUAUAUGAAGCUGGUUCCUGUGCGUUAUUAUAGGAAGGAGCAGGUUCUGCCCAAGAUGGUGCCGUGGAUCCCUCCGGUGGAUAACCUCCUGAAGGACAGCACAGAUGGCUGUGCCCUCGCCGCCCUGCUGCACUUUUACUGUCCCGCCAUCGUCCACCUGGGAGACAUUUGCCUGAAGGAGACCAUGUCGCUGGCAGACCGUCUGUACAACCUGCAGCUCAUCCAGGACUUCUGCAAGCAACACUUGAACCACUGCUGCCACUUCAAUCUGGAGGACAUGCUCUACGCUCAUUCGUCCAUCAAAAAUAACUAUCUUGUGUUCAUGGCUGAGCUCUUCUGGUGGUUCGAGAUUGUUAAGCCAUCAUUCGUCCAGCCUCAGGUGUUGGAAACUGAAGCACCAGACCCUUCACUGAAAAAUCUGCCGUCUGUGCCCAUCUCAAAAGUCACAAAGAGAAGUUUCAUGGAAAGACCUCCUAGUCCGGACAGACCAAGUCUCCCUCUCCGACCUCAACCACAGACUUCAGGCUCAGGUGAGAUCAAGCGAUCAACCUCAAUGUCAUUUGUGGAAAGCUUCAUGGGUACUUGGCCCAAAGAGAAGAAGUCUGCUGUUCAGGGAGUGUCCUUUGAAAUCCCAUUUGAUAAAGAGAGCACCAAUCAAACACCAACUGGCAGAGUAAUGACUCGGUCUGUUAGCACUGAAGGUUUUGGUUUCAAGAUGCCCCAUGGCACCAGGGGCAUCAAGAGAAACCUGUCCUUUCAGCCAGUCAAUGGAAAGAACAUGGGCAUCGAGGAGGAAGGCUGUCCUGCUAGCCUUUCAGGAAAUCAUAAUGGCCGUCUAAAUGGCUCAGGGCCACCUAGCAUCGAAGAGGCUCUUGAGAUCAUCCACAGCACAGAGAAGAAAUCUCAAAGCCCCAGGGCCCACGCACCCAGUGAGGGCUUCUUUCUUCACCUCCAGAAUAAAAGUGAAUUGAACCCUGAAGCAAAGGAUGCCGAGCUAGACUCAGUUUCAGAAAUGUCCAAUGGGGUUGCUAGCACAUCCACCACUGAAGUAGACACCGGCAUACAUGUGCGGACGGAGGAUAUCCAAGAGACCCUAGAUGAGGACUCAUCUCUUAGGGACUGUACUGUCAGUAUGGAGCUUGAUACGGAUCAAGACUUUGAGGCAAGAGCUUGCCAUAGCCAGGGCUCUACAAGCCCAUGUCCCAGCAGCCUAAGCAGCAAGUCCCCUGCCGGAAGUACCCCUACUUUUACACCUGGGAUUAAGAUGACCAGCUUUGCUGAGCAGAAAUUCCGUAAACUGAAUCCAAACAUGGAGGCCAAAGGUGUUGCAUCCCAAAGUACAACACCAGACAGUUCAGAUCUCGGCAUUCCUCACUCUGUUUCCUGGGCUCCUUCACCUGAUAUCAGCCCUGUACAUCAGCCAUCCAAGGAUCCAGCCCAGGCCAUGGCUGCGGAAAUGGUGCAGCUACGCAUGAGACUUGAAGAGAAGCGUCGAGCCAUUGAGGCUCAGAAGAAGAAAGUAGAGGCGGCUUUCACCCGGCACCGUCAGAAGAUGGGACGCAGUGCUUUUCUCACAGUUGUUAAGAGGAAAGGAGUAGAUGGCACCUCACCUUCUCAAGAGGACACUCCCAGCUCAGAGGAAAGCAAGACGCCAGUGGAGACACCUCAGCCCGUCAAGUCUCCGGUGAAGUCUGCGGGUGAGGACGGUACAUCCGAGGCGGACCUGAUGGAAUACACACGGUCCAUUGAGAAGCUCAAUGCUUCCCUGAGCUUCUUGCAGAGUGAGAUGCAGCGGCUGGCCCAGCAGCAGGAGGUAAUCAUGCAGAUGCGGGAGCAACAGGCUUGGGUUGUGUCGCCACCUCAACCUUCACCACAGAAGCAAGUGCGAGAGCUCAGAGGGAGUGGGGCACGCUCCUCAGGUUCUCCCUCACCUGCAGAUUCUCCUAGAGCUACGCACCGUUCCCCUACAAACCUUAAGAGGAAGUCUGCUUCUUUCCAUUCCAAGACACCAAGGACACCCAGACCCAGUGAGCUAAAGAUCGCUCCCUUUAACCGAGUCCUGACCGCUCCACAGUCGGUGGACAGCAUACCACGCUUGAGAAGGUUCUCCCCAUCUCAGUCUGUGUCCUGCUCAUUUUCCUAUUUGGGAAAAGAGAAGAAACCACCACCAGGAGCUGAAGCCACAGACAAGGACAUAGAACAAGGCCUUGAGUUGUUGUCGAUUGAAUGUUAUGCUGGUACCAUCAAAUCCCCAACCAAAGAAACCCAACAGGCUGUAACUGAAGACGCUCACUUGUCAGCCAAGGAGCCAGUAGAUAGGGGAGGAGAGAGCAAGAUGGAGAACGAACCAAAUGAGGAAAGGAAACAGCUGAAGAAGCCAAAAAACGAGAUCAAGCCAGCUCUGGAAUCUAGUGUGGCAGAGGUUUUGUCGCAGAUUGUAAUGGAGACCGUCAUUGUCACUCCCACUGAGCCAGUUGACUUCACCCAUCAGACAAACAAAAAUUUGAUUGAGGUUCCCCUGUCUGUUCUCAAGCCCCUGGAUGGACAGGCGUUGGAAGAGGAAGGCGAGAAGGAGACUUCAGGGGAAAAUCUAGAUGAUGAGCAGAAAAUGUGCUGUGGAUUCUUUUUCAAGGAUGAUAUGAAGGAAGAGGACAGCAUGGCCAUAAAGCGAGCAGCACUUCUGGAGAAAAGGCUGAGAAGAGAACGGGAGAGCCAGCAGAAGAAACAACAGCUGGAGGCGGAGCUUGAGCAAAAGAAAGAAGAGGCCAGACUGAAAGCAGAGGAAGACCGCAUGAAGAAGGAAGAAGACAAAGCCCGACGGGAAUUUAUCAAACAGGAGUACCUGAGGAGAAAACAGCUGAAGCUUAUGGAGGACAUGGACACACUUGUCAAACCGCGUCCUGCGGGGGCCAAACAGAGGAAACCACGGCCCAAGUCCAUCCACAGAGAUGUGAUGGAGUCCCCCAGGACUCCUGUCAGGGCCACGGCAGGCUCACGACCUCGUGUUUUUUCAGUGUCCAGCCUGUCUCUGGCAUCUCUUGGUGAUAAUGACAGCGUCAGCUCGGAUAAGAAAACACAAAGAAGCAAUAGCUUAGCAUCUGGCAGUCUUUUCUUCUUUUUGAGCUCUCCUCGUGUGAGAAAUAGAAGUAGGCCUGACUCAGCAGAUGGUUGCCUGUCACCCACUCGCUCCAGCAGCCGUAACGGAGAGAAGGACUGGGAGAAUGGUUCGACCACAUCCUCACUGACAUCCAACACCGAAUACACAGGUCCCAAAUUAUAUAAGGAGCCCAGUGCAAAGUCAAACAAGCAUAUAAUUCAGAAUGCUUUGGCACAUUGCUGUUUGGCUGGCAAAGUCAAUGAAGGACAGAAAAACAAGAUUUUGGAAGAAAUGGAGAAAUCAGGGGCCAACCACUUCCUGAUCCUGUUCCGGGAUUCGGGCUGCCAGUUCCGCUCGCUCUACACCUACUGCCCUGACACCGCGGAGAUCACCAAACUGGCCGGCAUCGGUCCUAAAACCAUCUCGCGCAAGAUGAUCGACGGCCUCUACAAGUACAACUCAGACAGGAAGCAGUUCAGCCAAAUUCCAGCCAAGACCAUGUCGGCAAGCGUCGACGCCAUCACGAUCCACGGCCACCUGUGGCAGACCAAAAAACCUGGGACGCCGAAGAAAGUAGCGGCCGUGAAGUCCUAGUGUUUCUCGAGGGCGGACGUACACAAUCUCAAUGCACUUGC